AUUGAUAUUACCAUUGGAGAAGCUCUCAACUGAAAUUUCUGAACUGAUCCCAGUUUCCUCACCAUGGGAUCCUCCUUGAGUUGUUGUGGUUCAGAGAAGGUUGAUGAAGGAGGGGUUAUUGAAAGUGGUGGAGGUCAUACAACAUGGAGAAUAUUUUCGUACAAGGAGUUGCAUACAGCUACAAAUGGAUUUAGCGAUGAUAAUCUGCUUGGAGAGGGAGGAUUUGGAAGCGUGUUUUGGGGAAAAACCAGUGAUGGUCUGCAGAUUGCUGUGAAGAAGUUGAAAGCAAUGAAUUCAAAAGCUGAAAUGGAAUUUGCAGUUGAAGUGGAAGUUCUUGGGAGGGUUCGGCACAAAAACUUAUUGGGUCUUAGGGGCUAUUAUGCUGGGGCUGAUCAACGCCUUAUCGUCUAUGAUUACAUGCCAAAUCUCAGCUUACUUUCUCAUUUGCAUGGCCAAUUUGCGAAUGAAGUUCAUCUAGACUGGAAAAGAAGAAUCAAAAUCGCUAUUGGCUCAGCAGAAGGCCUCCUGUACUUGCACCAUGAGGUAACACCACAUAUCAUUCACAGAGACAUAAAGGCAAGCAAUGUGCUCUUGGAUUCCGACUUCGAACCUCUGGUUGCAGAUUUCGGGUUCGCCAAGCUAAUCCCAGAAGGCGUAAGUCACAUGACGACGCGUGUGAAGGGCACAUUGGGCUACCUAGCGCCGGAGUACGCCAUGUGGGGGAAGGUCUCCGAAGGGUGUGAUGUUUACAGCUUUGGAAUUCUUCUCCUAGAGCUUGUAACCGGAAGAAAGCCUAUUGAGAAGCUCCCCGGCGGAAUUAAGAGAACGAUAACUGAAUGGGCUGAGCCGCUGAUAACAAAAGGAAAGUGGAAAGAACUUGCUGAUCCUAAGCUCAGAGGGAACUUCGAUGAGGCUCAGUUGAAGCAAGCAAUCAACAUUGCUGCUAUGUGUGUGAAAAGUGAGCCUGAGAAAAGACCUAAUAUGAUGCAAGUGGUUGAUCUUUUGAAAGGGUAUGAGGCUAAUAAGGCCAAGAUGACACCAAUGAGAAUUGAGAGUAUUAGGUAUAAGGAUGAGCUGGUUGCACUUGACCAAGCUACCGAUGAUGAUGAUGACGAAGUGGGUGCUGAUGAGAGUAAUGGUGGGUAUGGUGUUUUUAGUGCUAUUGAGGUCCAGAAAAUGAAGGAUCCUUAUCAGAAUAUCCAUGGAGAUAGGAGAAUGACCAAGCAGUAUGUGUGAGGAAGAGAGUAUAAUACUCCGUCGAUCGUUUUAUAUAUAGCUAGCCAUGUAUGCAUUUUGGUUACACCGACCUAUAGGAGAGAGAUAUUUGAUCCUCUAAAGUUGGGUUUUGGGCGUGGAAUAAUACUUGACCAGUACGUAGAAUUGGAGCUGCAAAACUGAAAUAUAUAUAGCUACUGGCCUUUCAUAAUUGAUUUGUUGAUAUGUAUUAGCGAGCAAUCAUUUUCCACGACAAGGCCGGAGUAUGGCCGGUUCCGGAAGGCGUGACAAAUGCUUUUCAGUUUUUC